AUGAGUUAUUUUCAAUCUUUGAAAGGUAACGUUCGUUCUUUCUCUCUGUUUCUCAAAGAGAACCAGGCAACUAGACUUCCUCCUCCUCCACCUCAGACCAAUGAACAUUAUGUGCCCAACAACACGAGGCUGUUGGAAUCAGUGAUCGAAAAGCUACAAGAGCAUAAUGCUGUUCUGAUGCAGCAGAACGCGACUAAUUCACAAAAUCUCGAAGCUGCUCGUGCCAAUUCUGAGAUGACUCAGAGGCAGCUGAUGGAGAUUCUUGCAGCUACUAGGGGUACGCCGGGAGCAUCUGCUUCAAAUGCUACUCAUCAGGCUGAGUGGACUUUGGAGGGCUUUUUGCAGCAUCGCCCUGCAAAGUUUGAUGGGAAGUGCCUUCCUGACGGAGCUGAUCAGUGGAUAAGGGACAUGGAACAGAUCUACGAUGCCAAGGAAUGUCCGAACGAUCGAAGACUAGCAUUCACUGAGUAUCUGUUGACUGGAGAGGCCAGUCAUUGGUGGUCGACUGCGAAGAUGUUUCUAACGGAAUCUCACAGCCCUAUUUCCUGGAAAGUCUUCAAGGAAAAUUUUUAUGAGGAAUAUUUCCCGGAUAGUGUUCGUUUCGGCAAAGAAGUGGAAUUUCUCCAGUUGGUGCUAGGUAAUAUGUCUGUUUCUGAGUACACCAACAGGUUCAAAUAUCUGGUUCGUUUUAAUACCCUGGCAACCAGUGAAGUGUGGCAGUGUAGGAAGUUUGAGAAUGGGCUGAGAAGUGAUCUAAAGGUACUAAUCUCCAGCCUUUGCAUUAAGUCUUUUCCUGCCAUGGUUGAGAGAGCAAAAGUGUUAGAGAAGAAUGUAGUCGAAGCAAAGCAACAAAAGAAACAGCAGCAUGCAGCUAAGGGGUCGAUCAUGUCCAAAUCAAAUUUGGACCGAAAUAGAGUACCUUACGCUCGUCCAGUACAACCACUGAAUUCAAGUGGGUCUCAAGCUUUGGUUGUUGCCGGACAGUCUGGGCAACAAGGGAUGGUCAGAUGUUUUCAAUGUGGAGGACCCCAUUUCAAGUCAUGUCCUUAG